CUCUUAAGUGACGUCCUUCUCUGGUCUUCCAAGAUGGGGCUGCCAAGAAAAAAAUAUACAAUGGAAGAUAAACGAAUACUUCUUGAAAUGUACGACCGGCUUCCUUGUAUGAACCAAAGGAAUGCAGCAAGAAAGCUGAAUAUUUCACAAUCUGUCCUUUCGAGGCUUCUCCGAAAAAGAAAUUUUACAUCGAAAAGCCAGAUUACUCCUAGUCUCAAAACAUGCGUUAUAUGGUUCCCGAAAUUGGAGGCUGCACUCUGGAAGUGGAUCGAUCAUUCAGAGAAGAACGGUACCUAUGUAACAAAUGUAAUGAUUCACGGGAAAGCAGUGGAGUUGUCGGUGCGUAUGGGUAUAGUUAAUUUCAGGCCAAGCCCAACUUGGUAUAGCGGUUUUAAAAAACGAGAAGUGGUUGUGCGUGAGAGGUAACGUGUUUAUCCAAAAAAUACGGACAGCAAGCACACCGUGCCUCAGCAGUCUGCGUUGGAUGGCGACGUUAGGUCGGAUGCUGAGGCGCAACAGCUCCGUCCUGUCGAUGGCGCGGAGGGAAGAUGUUGUACUAUUAACGAUCGAGUAACUUCCGCACAGAGUGAACUUCUUUCCGUUAAACGUGAGCACAGCCUCGUUACAGCUCACGUUAACGGCAGCAUGCAAACGAUCACAGUACCAUCACUUCACCAAAUGAAAGAAGCCAUGAAGACGCUGGCUACAGGUUUAUUGUAUAGAGGAUUCUGUGACUUUAAGUUUAUCCACCAGUUGAAGAAGGAAGUUGCUAAUGUUGUGGAAGGAUCAAUGGUCCUUGGACACCAAGACAGUUUUGUAGCGUAACAGGACUUUGUGCAAAAAGGCUGGUUAAAGAUGGAAUGGAGAAUUCUGACACAGUAAAAAAAAAAUCCUAAGCCGUUUAUCCCUUCAGAUGUGAAAUGGGAAAUGUAAUCACUACUGGAUAUUUACGCUGGGUCUAAGUAACAAAUAUACAGACAUUUAUUUUACGCUUAAGUAGUUGUCCACGCUUAAUGUCACCAUUUCCCAUUGAUGUAAGCGGACGUCUGUUUCGGACACUGCAAUUUUUUGGUACCACUCACAGGGCUAGAGCACGUUUUUGUUUGUUUUUGUACUUAUCUCGCAGAUAUUUGUAACCAUGUAUAUAGGCUAAUUUUGGAUAUUCCUUCAGCACAUCACUAUGAAUACUUCUAUGGUGAAUAGUGAAAACAUUUGUCAUCUUUUAAUUUUCUAAAAUUCACAUUUUUAAACUUGGCUUGCAGUUAACACCGACGUGAUUGCUUUUUUGGUCGCAUGAGGUCGCUGUUCGACAAACUUAUUUUUAGUAUCUCCCCCCCCCCCCCUUUAUAGUGAUCAUUUUUGGUCUUUCAUCCCAAAUGCACAAUAUACAUUUGUUUUAAUUGGAUACUGGAUUCCUUUUUGUACAAAUCUUGGGUUGUGUAAAAAAAAAAAAGAAAAUGGUUGUUUCAUAUCUUCUUGUCUUCUAAAGUGGCAUUAGCUGGGCAAAAUAUGAAAUUUCUGCAUAUUGUACAAUACAUUUUGUUUUUUUCCCCCAACCUUAAUACAGCUGUGACAUUGAGUUCUAUGAAACCUAAAUAUACAUUUUCAGAAUUUA